AUGUUGACUCUUAAUGCUACGCAACUAAGUGGCGUUCGUUAUUUAUUGGCCAAUAGAGAAGCAGUUUGCAAGUUUCUUGUAACAGAAAUUCUGUCUCGUCUUCAAGAAACCAAGUCAAGUGAUACUCUGAAUGUAAGAUCUGUCCAAGGGGAUUCAAAGAAGGUUAAAUAUGAAACAUCAGAACUCAGACUUUAUGAAGUUCUGGAAGAUCCUCCUAUUUGCAACCGGCUACUUCAGUACAAAGUUCAUAAAGAGCGUCAAGACAGCAGCAGAUUUGACAAAGGCACACCUCAGACAAUGAAGUCUCUUACGGAACUGGUGAACCGUGGCGUUGAUGUGAAGCUGGAUGUCCCUUUUGAGCUGUGGGAUAAACCGCCUGCAGAAGUCACAGCCUUAUUCAAGGAGACAAAUCUUCUCAAGGGUGCUUGGAUGAAAAAUCUCCAAAUCAACCAAAACAUUCUCCAGAAUCACACCAGUCGGAUGAGUUAUAAUUUAUGUACAACACAUUGGCGUCACUCUUGA